UUUGUAAGCCUGCCCCCGCAACUCCAAUUAGCACGGUUGGCUAUAUACGGUGCAAAAGAAGUUCUACAUCCGUACACGAGACGCUUUUGUAUUGUUUGUGUAACGGAUCAUUUUGGUCACCCAGGUCACGCUUGCAAAUGAGACUCUCCAGUCCUCUACCGGUCUCGCCUGAGUUCCGAGUUCGCUUCCUGUCGAGGCGCAGGCGACACAGAAAAAGAGUCCCAAGGCCCAUUUUCAGGAGGGUCCUGUCAAGUCUUAGCAGUGUGGGACGGAGGGGGGUAUUUAAUCCCAAUUGAGUCGUUUGCGGUCUUUAUUUUUCCUAUUUGGACGAUGACACACCGGCACACAAUGGGCUGCAUCGUUUAUGGUGACGUCACGGGUUCUUUAACGUCCCGUUUCAAGCGGGUGCCGCGUUAUUUUUUAUGCGAUUAGACCAAAAAAACAUUUGAAAACAAAAUAUUUAAGUAUGCUAAACUCAUAACCGAGUUUUAGCGUUUUUCAUACGAUUACCGGUUACGCUGGAAACCGGUUUUAACCACCCAACCUCACGGGUGAGAUAAUUGUUUAGUUUUAUUUGUAUAUUUUUUUACGUGAUUUGUUUACCCUUCAUAUAGUUUGCACCCCUGUCGUGUUUUUAUAUUGUUUGUAACGUAACCUCCCCCACCCCACCCCUGGACGCUUGUGACAAAAGAGUUUCAUAGCUCAUCGGAUUCCUCCUGCAGUCGAAAUGAAGAUUCCCAGUGGGGCGUGGGGCCGCGCGGCGCCCACGAGGCUACGCGGGCGCCAUGUUGGCAAGGGGCUAAAAACGCCAACGUCCGCUUCGCGCGGGACUGUGCGUCGCGUGUGGAUGACGUCACGACGCGAAUCCUCCCCCCCCUCCCCCGAUUGCUGAGCGCAGACUCCCCUGAUCAACAUGGCGCUCGAGAGCAUCCGGCACGUGGUGCACGCGUCACCACGGAGUCGAUUGUUGGUUCCGUCUCCGCAGAGGAGCCCAUCGGCCCAUUCGGGAGAUUUUUGUCUCCAGCCCAUCGGCCCAUUCGGGAGAUUUUUGUCUCCAGCCCAUCGACCCAUUCGGGAGAUUUUUGUCUCCAGCCCAUCGGCCCAUUCGGGAGAUUUUUGUCUCCAGCCCAUCGGCCCAUUCAGGAGAUUUUUUGUUCAGGUUUUUCUGGGGUUGCCAACUCCGCAUUUAGAUAUAUACCACUACCAUCACCACCAUCAAAACCAUUGCCUCAUUUACCACCACCGCAAUGACACAUCACCAAUAGUACAAUGGCCAACAACGCUACCACCACCACCAUAACUAUCACCACAAUCCUUCAGUGUCUAAUUUGCUGGUCUCACCACAACAUUAUUGCCAUGACCACUUUUGGAAAAGCAACCUUCACCAUCAGAUGGGCUGGUUUCAUCAGACAGUGGAGAAAGGACUUGGACUUGAAUUUUCCCUCUCGACUACAACAGCCGCAUGUGUCACUGCUGGACUGACAGCGUCACUUAGCGGUCAUGGCACUGGCCUCUGAGCCUGUUCACACGGAGCCAGCGGUUCGAUUCCCACUACAGCUUCCACCAGGUCUCUGAGCCAAUGGCGUUGCUCUCCGGGCAAGACGAAGUAAAGCUAGAGGAGGAGCAGCAGGAGGAGCGGGUGAAGCAGGAGGUGAAGCAGGAGGAUGAGCAGCAGGAGGAGCGGGUGAAGCAGGAGGCUGCAGAGCAGCAGCAGCAGCAGCUCGGCAACGAGCGGAGGCUGCGUCCUCGUCACAGAGCGAGCAGCAAUGGGGGGCUGGCAGGGCCCCCUCCUCCAAAAACCAGGCUUGAGGAGGAAGAGAGAAAGAAAGAAAAGAAGAAAAGGAUUUGUCGGAAGAGAAGAAAGAAGAACGAGGAAGAGGAGGAGGACAAGGAGACGAAGGAGGAGGAGGAGGAGGGGAAUCGUCGCUUACCGUGCAGCACGUGUGGCCGCGUGCUGCGUGGGGAGACGCGGCUGCGCCGGCACCUAGCUACCGGGCACCGGCGGAGCCUCGCCUGUGAGCGCUGUCCCAAGAGGUUCUCGCGGGAGGAGGAGCUCGGCCUACACCGGCAGACGGACUGCGAGCGCAGCAUCCAGUGCUUUACAUGUGAGAAGUCAUUCAAGAAGCUGUGGUACCUGCAGCAGCACAUGAAAACUGUGCACAGCCCCGCAGAGAGGAACGUUGCCUGUGACAUCUGCGGAAAGAAAUUCUACACCCUGGCCCAGGUCAAGAAACAUCUGGUCGCUCACCGCGAGGACAUGCCGUACACGUGCGAGACUUGCGGCAAGUCCUUCAAACGCAGCAUGUCCCUCAAGGUGCACAGCAUGAAGCACUCGGGGCUCCGACCCUACAAGUGCAAGCUGGAGAGCUGCACUGAGUGCUUCAUGUAUCGCUAUCAGCUGAGAAACCACAUGAGUGUGCACGUGGGACACAAGGAGUUCAUGUGUCAGUGGUGUGGGAAGGACUUCAGCAUGAAGCAGUACUUUGAUGAGCACCUCAAGGUACAUACAGGUGAGAAGCCGUUUGCGUGCGACGCGUGCGGGAAGCGCUUCACGAGCCGCCCCAACAUGAAGCGCCACCGCCGCACACACACGGGCGAGAAGCCGUACGCGUGUGAGGGCUGUGGCCUGCGCUUCCGCUUCUCCAACAUGCUGAAGGCACACGCUGAGCGCUGCCUGCUGGCACUCGAGAGGGUGGCGGCAGCAACGGCGGCCGUGAACGGGCAGCACUUUGUCCCUCCGGCCUUCCCAUACCACACCGAGCAUCAUGGGUAGAGAAGCGGUGGGGGGGGGGGGUAAGGCACAAGGCUUCCCGCUUGCUUCAUGUGAAACCACGGAGCAGACAGUACUGUAUACUCCACACCUUGCUGUACUCACACGCACAUCCUAACUAUCCACCACACACACACUAACUAUCCACCACACAUACUUUACACCAGUGGUAGGCAACCUUUGGCACACGCCCUAGACACCCCCGCAGUGUGUCUAGGGCGACACGUGGGUUCAUGAUUGGUGUACGAGCAUGAUGUCAAACUUGCGGCCUGCUGAUGUGAAGGAGGGCUAUUAAUGUGGCCUACCAACUCGUCUGGGUUACCCACCACUGCUAUACACACGCACACACUCACAUUGUUCACCACGCUCACUCUACACAGACUACACACUCAGACGUGUCAGCUUACCCACGGUAUGGUGUUGCUUGCGCUUUAAAAGUAUAGGUGUACAACGAGUGUUGGAAAGGGUUCUUUUAACACAGUUGCUAAGCCCAAGGCUCAGAACGACAGGUCAAGUUGAUCUUGUUGAACCAGGUGAGAACUCAAGGGACCAGGAUGAGUCUCAAAAUGACGAGAGCAAAACAAUAGAAGUACGACAAUGAAGCAAAUGGAAAUCGGUGCAAAAACAACUGCACAUCAAGUGACCAGCAACAAACAACACUCAUGAGUUGUAAGUGGUGAGAGCUAACACUUUUUAAUUGAACAAGGUUAUUAUGAGAGCUUGGGAAUAGACGAUGGGAGGGAAUUUCUAAUUGGAGCAGUGCAAGGGAAGAAGUAGGAAAGUGAAGUGACCUGCAGUGUGGUGAUUGAACGGGUGAGUGAAUUGGUCAGUGAGUGAGUGUUGUGACCUGCACUGUGGUGAGUGGGUGAGUGAGUAUUUACUGCUUGUUUAGUGGGUGAGUGAGUGUGUUGUGUGAGCUGUUGUGACCUGCAGUAUGGUGGCUGAACACAGCGUGGAUUAAACAAAAUAGUUUGGAGAAAUAAACGAGUGAAGUUAACGAGGAUAGCAACCACGCUAAUAGUUAUAGAAGAAAGAUAAGGAGACGACCGACCACCGUGAGCAGGUGAUUGAAGUGAAUCGGUGACUACUGGACCAUCAAUCACCCGAACGGCUCUGUGUUGAAGUCUAUCAAGCACUUGUCUAACUUAAGGCUCGGGUUUAUAACUGAUUUUAUUAUGAAGACAAGGAUUAUGCUCGGUCACUGAAUGAAUUUUGACCUCUGAAAGGUGAGCGGAAUGACCUUGCGAGUUUGGCUGCAUGCACUGCCCAAGAGCAGAUUAUCUCUAUUAAAGGGGUAAUGAACGUGGCUUUUUCAGCAUAAGUGUCCUCUAAGAUUUUGCACAGGAAGACUUAAUAAGAUUUAUGUGUCUCAGCAGAGUAAGGCUUUCUUGAACCAAUGCUGGUGAACUGCCAGAUGUUUAAAUAUGGCUCCUUUAGCGACCACAAACUAUGAUACGCAACACAAUGAUGAUCAGCUUGGUCGUGGAGAAUAUAAGUAACAAAUAAGGAGACAUUUUUCCUCCUACCCAUAUCUGGCCCUGCACUUAAAAAUAUUAAUAACACUUCCAGAAGGCCGUGUAGCGAAUGGGAUGUUUCAAAUAUAUACAAAGGCUCAGUUUGUCCUCUGAAAUAAUGGGCACCCACUUUGUGAAGCCAAAUGCCAGGUCAUAAUUCUUGCAUGUAUAUGGCGCUUGCUAAAGUGCCUCGGAAACUCCCAAGCGUGCCGCAUGGGAUGUGUAAAUUCAAUUAGUUUAACGAGGUGGAGGCGUAUUUUAUGGAUGUUUGUCUUAUUCGCAUUCUGCACAAUGACGCUGACGAUUAUUCCAACGGCAGCAGCAACCGCAAGAUGUACAGCAGCAGCAGCAGCUGACCGGUUCAUGAAGCUUCGUCUGGCAUCACAUACGCUUGAUUCUUCAGGGGCUUGGGGAUGAUGGAGAGCUCGUGGGUUUUGUGUCGAUACCUUUUUCAGGCCAGAUGUGUAUGUUGAACUUCCUUUGCACCGUACGUAGCCAACCGUGCUAAUCUGAGGAGCAGGGGAAGGGUGACGAGCUUUGCGCAAAAAAGUAGUUCUAAAGAAAUUACUUUGACAUCUAUAUUUAAAGGUGCAUGGCUCCUGUGGCUUCCUAGCAUUGGAAAGAUGAGCGUUCCAGGCGGCCGUAGAAGCACAUCUGAACGGGCGUGAUGUGCACCGCAUUAAAGCGGGGGACCGCUUGUGGCCGGCGUCGUUGGUUCAGCCACACCAUGGAAUGGGGACUGCGUGGCGAACCCUCGGGUCGCCGUGCGUGCCCGCCCGCCCGCCCACUGCCUCCCACCCCACCACGUGAAUCGCUUAGGUGGACUUGGGAUCUCUUUGACAUUUUAAAAGUAGAGUUUGUGUUUUUGAAUGACGUUUCACAUAAAACAUUGGAGAUAUAAGUGAAAGGGGUAAUCGAGUAUCCCCUCGAUGCAGCCAUUUGGAAACCGCAGUGUGUGUGUACCUGUUUCUGUUAUUUGCACAGGUACACAAACACUGCAAUUUUAACAAGUAGGUUUUCGCAGCUAAUGUGGUUAAUCGGUGCUUUUGGGGUAAGGCCAAGUAAUGAUCUGGCCAAAUGAGUGUCAUAAGACCCUCCGUCCUGACUUCCUGAGUUGUAUUCUGACUUCGUGGAUCUUGUCCUGAGGAUGCUUGACGCAGUGUCAGGUGACUUAAAUAAUUGUUCUUUAAGUUACCAUUGAGUUGAAUCAAUAAUAAGUGGCGCAUUGUUCAAACGCUUGUACAUGUGGAAAUUUGAUUUGUUUCGCUGUGUUGGGUGGUGGAGGGUUUUAACGGCAAAAAUGUGGCCAGUCAUCACAUGGCCUCACCUGAAAAGCAAUUAUGAGAUGAGCUAUUCUUUGCACAGGUACAUAAACACACUACAUUGUAUUUAGUAAAGUUGAUUAACAUUGAAUACAAUUUAUUAGGUAAUUUUAUAACAGAAUUGUUAAUGGUCACUUUUAAUAUGUAUAUACUAUUUUAUCAUCCAAUGAAAUAACAGUAUAACAU